AUGGCAGUCCAGUCGCCUGUUUCGGUCGUCGAUUUUCCUCCUUUGGGCUCUGGUGGGCGUGGUAGCCCUAACCCUAAGGAUUCAAUUGGGGCAGCAGAGCCGGGUGCAGCUCACAGUGGGCCUAGGGCUUCUGUUUCCUCUCACAUGAUACUUGAAGGUAAAUCUCCAGAUCCUAUUUCUAUUUCGUCUUCCCCUUGGAAGAAUUUGCUGGUUAAUGAGAGUAAUACGGAUGGGGUUUUGGAACUUCAGUUCUUUCCUCCUUCUGAGGAAGGUGGGAAGCUUAUUGUAACCCCUCCCCCUGCAAUUGGGGAGCUUGGUGCGAAAAAAUGGCAGUCUAGUCUUGUGGGCUAUUUCCUAGAUAGAAAAGUCAAUUAUAUGACUGUUAAAUCCAUUGUUUGCAAAAUUUGGGAGAAAUUUGGGGUCACUGAUGUCCUUUCCAAUGAGGAUGACUUCUAUUUUUUCUUGUUUAACAAUGAUGAUGCAUAUAAGCGUAUCCUGGAUUCUGGUCCUUGGCAUAUUGGUGGUCAUUUGAUGAUUCUGAAGAAGUGGGAACCUCAGAUGUGUCUGGUUAAGGAUCAAUUGAAUAGGAUUCCUAUCUGGGUUCAGUUCUAUAAUAUUCCCCUUGAAUACUGGACUGCUCCUGGUCUUAGCUAUGUUGCAAGCGCUAUUGGGAGGCCUCUAUAUGCAGAUUCAAUGACUGAAAAGUGCAAAAGACUUAGUUAUGCCAGGGUAUGUGUUGAAAUAGAGGUUGGUGCCUUCCUUCCAUCUUCUUUUUGGCUUCGUCUUGAUAAUGGGAAGGAAGUUGAAAUUAAAGCAAAAUAUCCUUGGAAGCCUCUUCAGUGCUUGGAUUGUAAGGUUUUUGGUCAUAAUGGGAUUGGAUGUCCCAAGAAUGCUCAGCCUGAAGUCACUUAUCAGGCUUCCCCUCAGGUUCCUCAGCAGGUUUGGAUGCCACGCAAGGGGAAGGUUGUGGCUACUGUGGGCUGCCCUAACUCAGGGCCGAAGGUGCUUCUUCAGAAUGGUGGGCAGCUUGGGAGCCCAAGUAACAGAUUUGCUGCUUUGGAAAACUUUGAUCUCACCUCUGAUGUUAAUUUAGGUUUUGUGGAACCUAUUGAGGUGGUGAAUGUGAUCAGUGCUUCUUCUGAGCCAGUGAUAAUUCAACAUGGUGAUCAGACUUCUGAGACUCUUGUGUGCUCUAAUAAUGAUCCCUCUUCUCAAUUCGUUCCUAUUUCUACUGCAGUUGAGGGCCUAUUUGUGGUUCCUCCUCAACUAGUUUCUCUUAUUGUUGGAGAAAGUUCACAGUCUUAUGAGGAUAAAAAGUUGGUUAGUCCUCCUAAUGUUUGCAGUUCAAAUUCUGAUGUUGUUAUCCCCCUAACUAAGGUCAAUGCUCAGGGUACAGGACAGGUAGCCCAAGGUUUUGGCCUGGCUGCUGAGGACUUGGAUGAGGGUCUUGCACCCCCUGGGGUUAGGAAUAAGCCUAAAAAACCAAAUAAAAAGCGAUGA